AUGAGAUUAUCUUUUUUAGAAUUUAUCGAAGGUACUGUUUAUGCAUUAUUCAUCUUUCUUGCAUUACGUAAACGAUUGAGAAGAACGAAUAAAUAUAAUUAUUCAGUAUGUGAUAUGAUUACUCUACUGCUUAGACUGAGUUUGAGUCUUUGGUUUGAAAAAGCAACAAUAACAAUUAAACAUGAAGCUAAUCCAUUUCAAUUAGCUUUUUAUUAUGUUAUUACAUUAUCUAUUAUUACUGCAAUUGCAACAUCCCUUCAAAUUGUUUUUCGUUUUUAUGCAUCUUUUAAAUCAGCAGUAUUACCAUCUUGUAAUACUACCGAUAAACCUGCAAGUGAACAAAGUUGCCGAGUUUUAUUAGAUAUUGAUUAUAUCACUGGUGCGGUUACUGGACAAUUUAAUGCUACAAAACUACCAAAAUCUGCUAAUUUCGCUGGAUUAACUGCUUUCUCACUUUAUAAUGAAUCAGUGACUCUAAGAAUCGAGUUUGAUUGUUUCACAUCAGAUGAAUGUGAUUUAUUAUUUGCUAAAAAUGUUUUAAAUAGUAAUUGGACCGAAGUUCAAACUGAAGUAAAAAUUUUAAGAAGUGAUUUAGCUGAUAACCUCUUUAAUUCGACCGAUCUACGACCUAAUGAUACUUGCACAAAUAAUCAACCAUGUUCAGGUAAAGGAUUUUGCCAAACAGAUUUCCAAUAUUGGUCAGAUACUGCACAUCCCGCAAUCAGGAGUGCAUGUGCAAAUUCGACAGAACAGCCAAUUCUUAAUUGGCUUGAAGCAUUAGAUCAAGCUAAGGUAGGUGACAUUCUGCUGUAUACCUGCAAUACACCUGAAUGUGCAUCACAAAAUUCAGCUUUAAGUGUGGUUCAAGUGAUUUCACAAAAAUAUGCUUUACCAUUUAACGUGACAAUACCAAUAACAACGACUACUAUCACUACCACGACCACCACCACACCGGCCUCUACCAUGUCAACGACAUCAACAACAUCGACACGAAAAUUUUGGUGGACUAUUCAUUUUCCACCACGACGAGGAUACUACUGGUAUCAAUUAGAUUAUAAAUUUUCUCAUCAUCCAUAUAUUAUUCGUAUUCAAAAUGUUUAUCGUAAAUUAAGGCCAUGUGAAUUCUUGCAAAAUACUUUUAAAAUUUAA